GCGCCAAACACUAUAUCACCAUCAGACACUCCUUCCCACGUAUCCAGUCAGUCCUACAAUAUGCGUCGAGCGGCUUUGCGGACCGCCCAAUCCAUCGGUCCCAUUUUACGCAGCCAGCCUGUAAACACCAGAGGCCUAGCAAGCGCAUCGACAACAAUAGCUCAGGACCCCGCUGACUUCGACCAAAUUACAACCCUCAAAAAUGGAAUCCGAGUCGCUAGCGAAUCACUACCUGGACCCUUCUCCGGAGUUGGUGUGUACGUCGACGCCGGCUCUCGAUACGAAGACGACAGUAUCCGCGGAGUAAGCCACAUCAUGGACCGACUCGCAUUUAAAUCGACCAAGUCCCGAUCCGCAGAUGAGAUGUUAGAAGCCCUCGAGUCGUUGGGUGGGAAUAUACAAUGCGCUUCAUCCCGGGAGUCGUUGAUGUAUCAAUCUGCCAGUUUCAAUUCCACCGUACCAACGACAUUGGGUCUACUGGCAGAAACGAUCCGUGAUCCGUUGAUUACGGAGGAAGAAGUGGAACAACAAUUGCUAACGGCAGAGUAUGAGAUUAAUGAGAUUUGGAAUAAGCCCGAACUCAUUUUACCGGAACUCGUGCAUAUGGCUGGAUACAAGAAUAAUACGCUAGGAAAUCCGUUGUUGUGUCCUCAGGAACGAUUGAUGGAGAUUAACAAGGCGGUUGUGGAAAAAUAUCGAGCCACGUUUUUUCGACCGGAGCGAAUAGUUGUUGCGUUUGCGGGUGUUGCGCAUGAGGAAGCUGUAAGACUUACGGAGCAGUAUUUUGGGGAUAUGAAAUCACAACUUGAAGGUCCCGCGCUUCAUGGGAAGGGAGUGGAAUCUACUUUAUCGGGGGAUCCUAGGGCAGAAAAGGAAGGAGAGUUACCUACCAUUCAUCUUAGCACGCCGACAGCAAACGUCUCGACCAAUGCUCAGGCCGGAACGUCGCACCCCAACAUUUUGUCGAAACUCCCUUUUUUUAAGAACCUAUCUUCUUCCGCUCCUGACAAAGAAACUGUGAAAGCUCUUGAUCCGUCGAUACUGGAACCCUCUACAGUUAAUCUUACCCGCGCCGCUCAUUAUACUGGUGGUUAUCUGACAUUACCGCCCAUCCCUCCCCCUGCGAACCCUAACCAUCCUCGAUUAAGUCACAUCCACUUGGCAUUCGAAGCCCUCCCAAUCUCAUCUCCAGAUAUCUAUGCUCUUGCGACCCUUCAAACAUUGCUGGGAGGUGGUGGCUCGUUCUCGGCCGGUGGGCCCGGAAAGGGCAUGUACUCUCGUCUGUACACAAACGUACUGAACCAGCACGGCUGGGUCGAGAGCUGUGUCGCUUUCAACCACAGCUACACCGACAGCGGUCUAUUCGGUAUCUCAGCAUCAUGCAGCCCAACACGCACCCCUCAAAUGCUCGAAGUCAUGUGCCGAGAACUCCAAGCCUUGACACUCGACAAGGGCUUCUCAGCCUUACAACUUCCCGAAGUCAACCGCGCAAAGAACCAACUACGCUCAUCACUACUAAUGAACCUCGAAUCCCGCAUGGUUGAGUUAGAAGACCUCGGCCGCCAGGUACAAGUCCACGGACGCAAAAUCGGAGUCAAAGAAAUGUGCGAUCGCAUCGAAGCAUUGACGAUUAACGAUUUGCGACGUGUCGCUAAACAUGUGUUUGGGGGGCAGGUGUAUAAUCCUGGGAAGGGGACUGGGAAGCCGACGGUUGUUGUUCAGGAAGGUGAAUUGGAAGGAUAUACGUUGCGGGCAUUUCCUUGGGAUGAGAUUCAGGAUCGGAUUGCCAAGUGGAAGCUUGGCCGUCUAUGAAAUUAUCUACUGUAGUUGAUGGAUAGAUUUGUGUCUUUCGAGGAGUAGAAUGACACGUGUACUAUAUAUAAUCAAUUGAUAAAUCUG